UUCUCUUCCGCUUUAUUUCGCGGUCGCUUGACUAAGGAGGGAAGAGACGUCCAUGAUGACAACUUUAAAAUACCGAUGGUAGCAGCAGGUCGGGGUUUACCUGGUGGAUUUCACCUCCGCGGAAAUGUUCACGGGUCAUCGUCGCGUCAAGUAUCGGCUGCGUUUCGGAGCAGCGUAGCGGGCCGACGUCGGCUUGCUGUCCGGCUAGCAUGAGCUGGGGCUGGCGUCGCUGCUGUUUACAUCCAGUCCGGGCCAUGGGCCUGGAGAGCUGCGUUAGCUAACCGCGCUACUCGCGCUGCUCCGGGGAAGGUGUCACCCUAAAGUCCGCAGUGUCAGGAUCGGGGAGGUCCGCCCCAACCGCCAACACCUCAGGGUGAUGGAUGUGUCCUCCCAGGAUCCUCCUCUCAUGGCGAUGGACCUGUCAAAGAGCUACAACCCACUGACCCGCAGCCACGCUGAAGCCAUGGACCUGGCCAAGAAGCCCGAGUGGUACCACAGACGCCCAGUGAGCACAGAUCUCGCCUCCUCGUACAGAUCCAGAGCCUCCUCCUCCUCCUACGGCUCGCUCUCCACGCAGCCAGGAGCACCCGUGCGCUGCAGGGACAUGGAGGACGGCCCAGAGUCUUUGGGGGGCUACAUGAACUCGACGCUUGGUCCAGGGCUGGAUCUGUACCACGACGGAGUCCGUGGCAGCCUGUGGCAUCGGGGUUUCUGUGGGCCCGAGCAGAGCGGUGGCCCCGUUCCUGAAAGCAGCGGCGGAGAGGAGAGCGACAGCGGCUCUGAUGUCAUCUUCCUCGUGUCCGCUGCGAAGGAGCCGCUCCUGUGCGGCUCUUUCAUGCAGGACGGCGUGGCACACAUGGUGGAGCCCCUGUCCCCCGCCGCAUCCUCACUCGACGAAGAGCGAGCGUGCUACCACCUACCUCAGCCUCUGAGCUCACCCAGCCCUGACAGCUCGUACUCGGAAGAUUCCUCGGACAGCUCGGUGGACAUUCCUGUACAUCACACCCGGCCCGUCGUCCUCCUAUCCGACCUCGGUGCCGUUUACGCCAACACAGCUGAAUCUGCGGUCGACAUCUCCAGCGAUGACAGCGACAUCAUCGAAGUUUCUGUCACUGAUCAGAAGAAGAAAAACAAAUGCUACCAGAAGACUCCUCCUCCUCAGAGUGAGAGCGAAAAAGCGCCGCAAAGCGAAGUCCGCCGCAGCGCUAGGAUACGAAGGCCGGCCUCAGAAAUCCCGCCGCUCACCUGUAACGUAUCUCGUCAUAGCUUGAGCAGGCGAGUCAAACACGACGCUGUGGGUAUAUACAACGAGAGCUGCGACUCCGAUGAAGUGAUGGACUACGUCUUGAGGGUGUCUAGCUCAGACGAGUUGCUGGUGAAGUCGCCACAAAGAGCAAGAAGCCAUUCAGAGGAGUCUGACGCAGAUGUUGGGACAGACAGGAAGUCCCCGCAGAUUGAGACACAGCAUCAGCGCGAAGCUUCAAAUGCAAAAACCGUUAAUCACAAACGAAAGAAGCCGCUUGCAGUUCCUAAAACAAAAAAGUUAAGAAGAACAAAACAGAAGCGUAGGAUCCCGCCACCAUCGCCGCCACCGCACCAGAAUGCUUCAGCCUGUAGGAGUGCGGUGGCGAGCAAAAAAACUGUCGCAAGGUGGCGGAGGAAACGCCGCCGUCAGACUGGGCCUUCGUCUCUGUUUUCUCCGACAGAGACUGAGAUCAAGCUCAAAUAUGUGAAAACUAAAGAGGACAAAAAGGAGAAGAAAUCGGGCGGUUUCUGCCCGUUUGUUCACCUGGAGCGGCGAGCGUGCACUGUGGUCAACUACCGGGAGGAGGAGGCAACUGUUCGGAGCAGCGAAGGAGGGCGGCGGGCUGCUUGCAAGUCUCUGUCCGGGUUUGUUCCCAACACUUCCUGUUUUCAGCCGGGUCGGCUCAGCUCAGACAGCCGGUGCGAGUCAUCGCUGUUCUGCUGUCUGUGCGGCCACACCGCCAACGUCAUGGGCCUCGGGGACCUUCACGGCCCCUACUAUCCCAGCGUGGACGCCCAGAAGGAGGAGCUAAACGGACUCUCUAAAAGCCGAGGGGUAAAUCCCUCAGACGACAGCAGAGCUGCUGAUGGCAACGCCUCCCCAAAGGUGCCUCUUCACCUGGAUGAGUGCUGGAUCCACGAGGACUGCGGCAUCUGGUCUGCCGGCGUCUUCCUUAUCCGAGGAAAGCUGUACGGGUUGGAGGAGGGAGCGCGGCUCGCGCAGGAAACGAUUUGUUCCACCUGCCAGCAAACAGGCGCAAUAAUGGGCUGUUUCCAGAAGGGCUGCCCCAGGAAUUAUCACUACAGAUGUGCCAUCCAGUCGGGCUGUGUCCUCAAUGAGGAAAACUUCUCAAUGAGAUGUCCAGAGCACAAGAACAAACUGUUCAUAAGUGCGACCAGACAGCAGAAGAGGUGACACAGAGGACACAUGAGGGCACUGGAGAUCUCCUCAGGGUGCGACGGGAGCUGCCUGACUUCACCUCAGCUGUUAAUCUUUCUUUUUCCCCUUGUUUUGCAAACACUAAUUAAAGUACGUGUGUGCUCGAGCAGAAGAACAAACCUUCUGGUAAGGUUUCACCCAUCACGGCAGACAGAUGGAAGCAGGCGGCCACUUUGGGUUUAUUUUCAGUAAGAAGUGUCUUUGGUUCUGUUUCUGUAGGUCUUUAACAGGCACUUACCCCAACUGGACUGAGCUGAGAUGGUUUGUGUUUAUUUAUUCCUCCUCUUGGAGAUCCACACUUGGACUAGCCACAAAGAUAGUUUAUAAUUUGAACAUUACGUUAGAGUUUAAAUAAGCUUUAUUGAUGUACGGUAUAGAGUAUAAUAUCUUUAUAUGAGGCCACUUUUUUCUACUGUUUUUGUACUACUUUUCUAUUCCUGUUCAGUCAUAACAUAAUUUAUUUUCCUCCAGUUGCAUGCACGGCUGUUUGCUAUGAUGCACUUUAUAGUCUAAUUUUACUAGUUAUUACUCAGCUGUUAUUUAUGUCCGUCUGUUCUUCCCUUUUCUACUUAAAUUAUUUAAAUUUAAAUAAAGCUGCACUAAGCUAAGAUUCACAGUUAGAAACGAGGGCGUCCUGUCCUCGCUGAUGGAGAUAACAAGCUGCACAUUCACCAGAGUCAAGCACAUUUCAUUCAGCGGUGUCAGGAGUUUGUUUUUCUCCAAAAAGAUGUUUAUCAGUGUUUAUCUCACAUAGAAGGAUUUUUUUAAAAUAAUAAAAAUAAAGGAAAGUUAAAGGGUCGGUUCAGUCAAAUCACACGUUUAUUUAGAGGUUUGAAAUUUGGGUGAUGGGAAAAUGCUGAACUAAGAUAUAAAUGUAAAGCUUCUGGGAUACAUGAUAGAAUAUUAUUACCACUGAAGGGGGUGGAUUAAAUGCAUAGCUGAGGUGGGUGAUUUUACUUUUAAUGCUAGGAGUUUUACAAAAGGCAAAAAACCCUUGCAAUUGAGAAAACACCCAAUUAAUAAAUGUAUUUUAAAAAAUCUACAAUAUUUAUGGUAGUAAAGUAAAUUUGCACCCCAAAAAUUAGUUUAAUCAGAAAUGCAGAUGGAAGAUUUAUGAUUUAUGUGAAUUUUACAAGGCAGAAACUUGCAAUUCCCUGUAAUCUAAGAAUGACAUCAUAUCUCAUUUUAUUGUAUAUUUGGGAAGAAAUUUACACUUAAAUUCCUAAAGUUUGUAUUUUUUCUGACUUAAGCGUGAACAUUGCUUUCUUGCCAGCCCCUUAAUUAUCAUCAACUUUCAAUAGUCUUUUUUUUUAGGUCUAUUUUUUUUCAACUGUCAAUUCAUUAGCGCCACCUGCUGGCAAAAGUCAGUCGGGCUCUGUAGCCCAGUAAACAGCAGUUAGUCAGUGCUGACUUCUAUCAAUUUCCUGUUAUUUAAGGCUAGGUGAUAAACGAAAGUGUUUUGUGUCUUAAGUGUGAGAAACUUCACCUUUAAAAAUUGGUUUGAAUAGUUUUGUCAGUCCUGGUGAUUUUAAUUUUGGCCAAAACGUCUCUGGUGAGCACAAGAAUUUUUUUAAUUCCAGGAAAAAUAUUUGGAAAUGUUUGUAUUACUAGUAACUAACUCUAUACCACCGAUGCUGAGCCCAGACAAAAACCAGUUCAGUUGUUUGUAUAAUGAUGAAUUUGGAAAGCUAAAGGGCAAUUACAGUUUAUUUCAGCUGUUGUAUUCAGCCUUUGCAAUACAAUGGAAGCUAUAUUAAGCAGCUAUGAAAAUAAACAGUUUUAAAAUAUAAAACAAAUUUUUUAAAUCUAAGAGAAAACGUCAGAAUUUCCAAAACAGGCAGCCUGAGGAGGUUUUGGUGAUUAAAAAGUUCAGCGAAUGGGUAAAAAAAAAUCAAAAAUGUGAUUUAACUUUUGCCAGGGUCUAUGCAUUGUCCUCAAUAAUGAUAAUAAUAUCAUUAUCAAUAAUAUUAAAAUUAAUAAUAAUAAUGAUCAGUUGUGAUUUGGGUGAAUUGACCCUUUAGCAGUGCUGGAGUGGCCUAGUGCAGCUUUGACUGUCCGUCUGUGUUUGUCGUUACCGGACUGAAAUGUUUAAAAAGCUUUUAAGGAAACGGUCCGUUUGGUUUCAUGCCUGCACUUCCUCUUAAUUAAUUACUAAAUCGUUAAAGUUAUAUAAUAAAAGUCUGUUAAACUGAA